AUGCACAUUCCUAUUCCCUUCGUCCUCAUCCUUCUGCUCCUCCCACUAGCGCGCGCCUCCGCCUUCGCCGCCCUCCCCGCGCAAGCCCGCCAAUCCACCCUUUCAUGCCGCCGCGCCCUCCCUCUCUGCCUGUCCAAUCUGGAUGCCGGCCAGCCCUGCGCGACGCUGCCCACGCCGGAGCGUCUCCGCGUCCCCGCGCUAGCCCCCGGCACGUACAACCUCACCAACAUCCGCCCGGGCGUCUACGUCUACGAUGACGGCACCUACCUCACCCUCAUCCUCUUCCGCGCCUCGCGCCUCGCCCUCGUCGACUUCCCGGACAGCCCGGGCUCCAACCUGCCCAACGCCUCGCAGACCCUCCUCACCACCGCCACGGAGGAGGUGCUCGCCGGCCGCAUGCCCUCGCGCGUCGACAUGAUCUACUCGCACGCCCACUUCGACCACAUCGGCGCCGCCACCCGCUUCGCCGCCUACGCGCGCGCCGCCUUCCCGGACGCCCCGCUGCGCAUCUGGGGCUCGCGCGCCACGCGCGACGCCAUCGCCCGCUCCACCUCCGGCCGCGCCCCGCCGCCGACCAACAUCCUCGGCCCCGACGCCCGCACGUUCGCCUUCGGCGACGACCUCGCCGUCGACCUGCGCCUGCUCAAAGCCCACACGGACUCCGACCUGCUCGUGCACAUCGCGCCACGCGGAGACCUCCCCGGCGUCGCCAUGCUCGUCGACGUCGUGUUCCCCGGCUGGUCGCCGUUCAGCCUGUUUGCGAUCGCGAACGACGUGCGCAACUACAUCGAGGUGCACCGCGAACUGCUCAAGUUCGACUUCGAAGUGUUCGUGGGCGGGCACCCGAAGCUCGGCGCGCGCCGCGACGUGCACCGAAACCUGCGGUUCGUCACGGACGUGAUCGACGCCGCGGCGCAGUCGUCACGCGAAAUUACACCGGAGGCGCUCGGGGAGGCCGGCAUUGGCAGGCAGUUUGACCCAAGCGCGGUGGAGUUUGGAAACAUUUGGUACGGGUUUCUCGGGGUGUUCCGCAAGCUGGAGGUUGCCGGGUGCUACCGCAGAAUCCUCGAGAAGUGGGGCUGCAAGCUGGCCGGGCUCGAAUUUACGCUGGAGAGCCACUGCUUCGUGGCCGUCUCGUUCAACUUGUUAGAUGUGUGACGGAGCCCGUUGGUUGAUCCAAGCGGCGAAGCGCUGUUUGCGUACUGUAUCAGGGGACAAGCCGAGGACUUGGGCGCACUCCGCGAAGGAGUGCGGCCUACCCUUCGGAGGGUAGUGUCUAGUGUCUAGGCGGCAAGUGACCUCUUAUGAGGUCACUUUUCAACUUAUCUCGACUUGUGCUGGCUCAACAAGAUGGAAAGAGAUACUCUCGUCAUCGCAGUUGACUUUUGCGUUGCAGAAGGGUGGAGUUUGGUGAGAUCUGGACGUCUUUUCGAGCCAUUUUUAAAAUGCCCAAAGAAGGAGCCUUUUUGACCAACCUCAAAA